CUGAUAUGAGAAUCCUAGAGCUUUCAAUAAAUUUGAAAGAACAUCCUGAUAUCGCAUAUCGAUAUGCGAGUAAAUUUAUUAAUACACAUGAAAUUGCUCAGCAAUAUAAAGAAAGAAACAACCAUCUUGACAUAUAUG